AUGUUAUUUCCGGUCAUAAAUAAAAACUCAAAAGAUGGUGAUAAGAACUAUAAGGCACCAACUACUUUUCCAAUAGGUCCAUUUAAAAAAUACAAACAUAAUCCUAUAAUGACACCGGAUCCUAAUAUUGAAUUUGAAAGUGCUUAUUUAUAUAAUGCAACAGCAAUAGUAGUUGAAGAUCAUGUUAUAAUGCUAUAUAGAGCUCAAAAUGCAGCAAAAUUAUCAUCAGUUGGAAUUGCAUGGUCAAAAAAUGGAACUGAUUUUACUAAGUAUAAAAAACCAAUAAUUACAGCUACGGAACCAUAUGAAGAAGGUGGCGGAAUUGAGGAUCCAAGAAUUGUACGUGAUCCCAAACUGAAAUUAUUUAUAGUCACAUACACUGCAUAUGACUUAAAAACAGCAAGAUUGUGUGUAGCAACUAGUGAAGAUUUAUUUCAUUGGAAAAAAAUUGGUCCAGUUGUUCCUUCUAAUUGGGUAGAUCUAGCAUGGAUUUCCAAUAAAAAUUCUUUAAUAAGGUACAAUUGGCUGAAAUCAGGAGCAAUUUUCAAUGAAAAGAAUAAAGAAGAUGGAAAAUAUUAUAUGAUUUUUGGAGAUUCUCAAUUACAUCUUGCUGAAUCUGAUGAUUUGAUACAUUGGAAAGUUAGUGGUGAUUUCAAUAAUAAUAUAUGGGCAAAACACAUUUUCAAUAGAGAAAACAAAUUAAUUGAAAGCGGUCCAGCGCCAAUCAAAAUGGCCGGUAAGAAUAACCAAUGGAUUUUCAUAUAUAAUGCUGCAACUACCGGUGGAGAAGAUUUACCAAAAGACACUUACACUGUCAAUGCAAUGUUAAUUGAUUAUGAUAAUAUCAAACAGGGCCCAAUUGCAAGAUUAGAACACCCGAUUUUGAAACCUGAACUGCUCAAUGAAGUUGAAGGACAAGUAAACCGGGUUGUAUUUUGUGAAGGUAUUGUUCAAUUUAAAGGAAAUUGGUAUUUAUAUUAUGGUCAAGGUGAUUCAGAAUUAGGAGUUGCAAUUGCUCCUGUAACAUAG